AUGGCCGAAUUAAGUGCGGCAAGAAAAUUCAACAUAAUCGAAAAAGCCAAAAAGGACGGCCAAGAACGUAGAAGAAACAUUUUACACUUGAUUUUGAGUUAUUUGAAGGAACAAGGGCUGGAAAAAACGUUGGAAACCUUACAGGAAGAAGCCCAAGUGGGUUAUAUGUAUGAAGCGUGUGAAAACGUCGACUUGGACAUAAUAUUGCAAGAGUAUCAAAGUUACUACGUGCAAAAGUUUCAAAAACCGCCCAAAUUCAUAAGAAAGUUUCAGGAAGACGAAAACAAAAAACAAAAUAAAACUCCAGCGAGGAGAAGAAGUGUAAUGACCAUACCGAAAAGUGAAACGAAAGUGGAAAAAAGUGGCGACUCGAAUUUCCAGUUUGAAAUCCUGUCAUUAUCUCCUGAAGAAAAAACAUCAGUAAUGAAGCAAAGACGUUCCCCCGAAUUACCUUAUUAUUUCGCCGAAAACUAUACAGGAGAAUAUAAGGAAUUCGCUGAGGUAAUAUCAAAGGAAAUAAUCCAAGAAACAUCCUGCAACUUCAACGAUUGCAUCGGUUUGGAUGAAGCUAUAGAGUGCCUCAAGGAAGCCACCAUAUACCCCAUGGAAUACCCGGAGUUGUUUCGGACUUUGGACCAGUCGUGGAGCGGUAUACUCCUGUACGGCCCGCCAGGCAAUGGUAAAACCUUACUGGCAAAAGCAUUGGCCACAGAGAGCAGAUGCACGUUCAUAAACCUAACAAGCAGCACUUUCAUAAGCAAAUGGAGGGGCGAAUCGGAGAAAAUGCUCAAAGUACUGUUCGAUAUGGCGAAAUUUUGUGCGCCAUCAAUUGUUUUUAUCGACGAAAUCGACGCCGUUACCUCGGAGGGCAACCACGAGGCUUCCAGGAGGUUCAAGAGCGAACUCUUGGUGCAAAUGGACGGCAUUGGUAAAACCGCCGACCCUAUUUUCGUGCUGGCCACUACCAAUCACCCUUGGUCGUUGGAUAAAGCCACGCUGAGGAGGUUCGAGAAGAAAAUAUUGGUCGGCAUGCCCGAUAAUGAUAACCGAAGAAAAUUGCUGCAAUACUACCUGAACAAAACUGGGCAUUGUUUGAGCGGCAACGAGAUGGAGAUGAUCGCCAAAACUGCGGUAAGAUUGUCGGCAAACGAUAUAAAAAUUGUCUGUAAAGACGCAAGGAUGAGUCUCAUCAGGGAAAAAAUUAAAAAUAAGAAAAACAACGCCAAUGUUAACGACAAAAUUUCAUUCGAAUGCUUGAGAAAGUCGUUUAAUAACAUUAAAACCUGCAUAUCUGAGAAGGAGUAGUCUAUAUAA